CGUGUUGGGGCUGAGGAGUGACGGUCAUCAACACAAUGAAAGACAGAACCGCCAGUCCCCAUGUCUGCACCGUGCGUUUCUUCAUUUCUUCUUUGUCGAAGGAGAAGGGAGAGAACGGAGAGAAGAGGAACGGUUUAUGUAUUUGAAUCACCGCUUGGCUUAUUCGGCAGCGAAAAGCUAUUUUUCAUUUUUCAAUGAAUUAUUUAUCUAACCUAUCGGUGCGUGGGAAAAGGCAACUCUGCCGCUCGAUUCUUCUAGCUUUCCUUCACUCUUCCUCUCACCACGUUGAUGCUGCUGUGCGACCAAAAUGCGCCGCUUCAAAGCUUUCUCCUUACGCGUCAAGUUUAUACUCUCUCUUAGAACCAAUCUUGGAGCAAGACCCACCUCAGCUUUCAUCAUAUGCUCCUCUGUUCCAGUUUCUGACUGGCCAAAACUUCUUGAAAUUAGGACAACAAAUCCAUGCCCACAUGACCCUCCAUGGGAAGGAUCCGAAUGCCUUCGUUGCUGCCAAGAUGGUUGCCAUGUAUGCAAGUUCGGGGGAUCUUGAUUCAGCUGUUCUAGUGUUCAAUAGAGUAAACAACCCAUCUUCUCUGUUGUAUAAUUCAAUUAUUCGAGCUUGUGCAAAAUAUGGGUUUGCUUUGAAAACAAUAGAUUUGGUCUGUCAAAUGCAUUGCAGAGGGCAUAAAGGUGAUAAUUUUACGUUUCCUUUCGUGCUUAAGUCUUGUUCUGAUUUAUCAAGCAUUUGGAUGGGAAAAUGUGUUCAUGCGCAGAGUUUAAGAAUUGGGAUUGAGUUUGAUUUCUAUAUUGCUACUUCAUUGAUUGAUAUGUAUGUUAAAUGCGGUGAGAUAAGGGAUGCCCAUAAGCUGUUCGAUAGAAUGUGUGUGAGAGAUGUUUCCUCUUGGAAUACUUUGGUUGCAGGGUAUAUGAACCAAGGGGAAAUCAGCAUUGCUGAGGAUUUGUUUGCUAGAACUCCAUGUAAGAGUAUUUUUUCCUGGACAGCUAUGAUAUCAGGCUACACCCAAAAUGGGUUAGCAGAGCAGGCAUUGAGAUUGUUUGAUGAGAUGUUGAGGGAAGAUUCAGAGAUGAAACCGAAUUGGGUGACAAUAAUGAGUGUCCUACCUGCAUGUUCACAUUCAGCUGCUCUUGAGCGUGGGAGUCAGAUCCAUGAUUAUGCUAAUAGAAUUGGUUUGGGCUCCAAUGUCUCAGUACAGACUGCAUUAGUGGCAAUGUAUGCUAAAUGUGGUAGCCUUGUUGAUGCUCGUAUCUGUUUUGAUAAGAUAUGUCAAAAGGAAAAAAAUUUGAUUGCUUGGAAUACUAUGAUUACUGCUUAUGCCUCCCAUGGACGUGGGUUGGAGUGUCUAUCCACUUUCGAGGACAUGAUUGGAGCUGGAGUUCGCCCUGAUUCAAUCACAUUCAUAGGAUUGUUAUCUGCUUGUAGUCAUUCCGGUCUACUUGAUGCUGGCUUAAAAUAUUUCAAUUCUAUGAGUACAUUGUACACUGUCAAACCAAGAGUUGAACAUUAUGCUUGUGUUGUGGAUCUUUUAGGUCGUGCCGGGAGAUUAGCAGAAGCCAAAGAACUCAUUGAUCAAAUGCCAAUGCAACCAGGACCAAGCAUUUGGGGUGCACUGUUGGCUGCUUGUCGGAAACACAAGAAUUUGGAGAUUGCACAGAUGGCAGCUAGGGAGCUGUUGAUGUUAGAACCUGAUAACAGUGGUAAUUAUGUUCUGCUUUCAAACAUGUAUGCUGAAGCCAACAUGUGGAAGGAGGUGGAUAAUUUGAGAGGCCUUCUAAAAUGUCAAGGUAUGAAGAAGAGCCCUGGAUGCAGUUGGAUUGAGGUAAAUGGAAAAUCCCACUUGUUCCUUGGUGGAGAUACGUCUCAUCCUCAGGCAAAAGAAAUGUACAAGUUAUUGGAAACAUUACCGGAGAAAAUCAAGGCAGCUGGUUACAUUCCUGAUACUAGUUUUGUGUUGCAUGACAUUAGUGAAGAAGAGAAAGAACACAACCUUGCCACACACAGCGAAAAGCUAGCAAUUGCUUUUGGACUGCUAAACACGAAUGCUGAUGUAGUUCUUCGUGUAACGAAAAAUCUUCGAAUCUGUGGAGACUGUCAUACAGUUACCAAAUUCAUAUCCAAGAUCUACGAACGGGAGAUAGUUGUGAGGGAUGUAAAUCGGUUCCACCAUUUUAAAGAGGGUUAUUGCUCUUGUGGAGACUAUUGCACACUUGCAAUCAAAGAAUCAAACAUAGGCGAUGGUCUAGAACUUGGAUUGCAGGCUAUUGACAACGUUAUUGUCCAAUUGGAAAGCCUUGGCAAGAAUGUUAGUGGCAAUAUCAGGAGUUGCCCCAAACACUGCAUUUGCAAUGGUGAUGACUCCCGGAUUCUGACUGCUGAGAGCUGCAAGUGCAAUAGCAGCACCGUUGCCAACGUUCCUUUGGUAGUGAAUGAGGCCAACAGGGAACACGAAAGCAUCUCCCUUGUUCAACACAUAGGUAAUCUGACAGACCCGUGAAUAUGGACAUAUCAAGAUGAAGUAGCCGUUUGUUCUUAAUACAUGGUUAAUAGUGAUUUAUUUUCAAUGAAUGCAAAGUGCAUUU